AUGCAGCCACCCGUGUCGUCUUCCCCUCCCAGCCACGACACUACCAAUAAAAAUACCACCGGCGGUGAUGCAACAUGGACUCGAGGUUUAUUCGCAUCCAUUUGGGGGUUCUUUUCAAAUGUAUCAUCUGGGGAGGAUUCCGAGGCUGAUGCUGUUGGGGCAUGGGUUGGGGUGCGCAGUGGGCGGGGUCGGGGUCGGUGUCGCUCUGUUGGGGAGGUUCGAUGA